CAACAUACACUCAUUAACAUUGAUGAAUAUACUCGGAUCGCAAGUUCCUUGCUCAGCUCAAGAGCAAACAGUUCCUGGAAACUAUCGACAUCCGAUGAGCAUUCCAGCACGCAGGAAACCCCUCAUACCUAAUUCUCACGCCUAGAUCCGACUGCAUGUGCUUCGAGAGCAGUAUUUCUCUUGGACAGUUGUAGCUCUACGAAUGAUGGCCCUCAGUCUCGACAAGUGAAUCGUGACUAGUCAAAAGAUAUGUCGGAAGCAGAUGUGGCCUCACAGAGACCGACCUCCUUUCUCGAUCUUCCUGGCGAGAUCCGCAACAAGAUCUACUCUUAUUUUAUCGCGCAUGGCUACGUCGACAUUGCCAAAAUACCUUCCAUAUCUGAGCUGCGUUCUCUUCACGAUCAUCCCUUGACCAAGGUCCAUGCUCAGAUUUCUCUCGAGUGGAAGCGACUCUCAAUCCAAUCGGCUAUCUUCCUCAUACAUCACGGCUCAGCUGGAAUCUUUCAGAAAGCAGGAUCGCGUGAAGUCCUGACGCACCACGAUGGAGGUAGCGCGUGGGUAAAAUGGUUUGGGAAUCUGAAGGAAGAUGAGGCGUUAUGGUUACGGAGACUUGUUUUCUAUAUGCCGGCGCUGGUGCUCAAAGUCGGCAUAAACGAAGAGGGCGUAACCAACGACUUUCAUUUGAGAUUGCCGAAGAAAGAGUUUGAAGAAGUGCAGUGGAGCGGAGUGGAGCCGAUGGACAGAAUUAUCGAUGAGAGUGAAGCAAACCGAAGACUAAGCGGAGCUUUUGAAGACAUAUCGAGCAGAAGCGAAGAUGGCAAGUCUUGGUCACGGAAGCAGGCGAUUGAGGCUAUCUUUUGGACUGUGGUCGAAAUGCAAAUUUGGGUUGAUUCACGCUAUGCCUUGAUUCACGCUACCUCGAGAGGUAGCUUUGGAUAGCACGUCUUCCAACGAUAGACAUUGCUUUACUAUGUUUCGGGAGGGGGUAUUUACGGCCAUCAUUCCUGGCGAGUAGCCUACUGAUUUUGAAUCCCCCGAGUGAGCUCAUCGCCAGGUCAUGUGUAUCGAACAAAGCCUGAACAUAGUUUAUUCUGCGACAACUUGAGGUGUAUUU